AUGAUUCAUGAGCUAGCCAUAGGGGUCCCUUUGUGGAACGUGGUUAGAUUUUUAACCGUGAGUAUCGGAGCUACUACACUCGUCUCGAAAGUGUGGUCAUGUGGCAUCUCCCUCAGGGCCGGGUCCCGCGUGGCCGCUGGACAGGCAGUGUCUUUAAGACCUAGGCCAUUCACUAGAGGGUCCGUAGUAGUUGAAGAGGACGUGAAGGACCGUCCAAUGUUACUGGUACUUGGGUUACUUGUGGCUGCCAUGGCCGCGGUGGACCUCCUGAUCGAAUUCGGUUCAGGGUCUAAGGAAGUUCCUACAGGACAAUUGUUUUCGACAGGUUAUGAUGCCAACGCCAAUGUCCCAGUCCUGGAUGUCAGGAAGGAUGGGACUGGGAGGUGGAGUCCAGUCAAGCGUAGAGCCCGGGUUGGUUAUACAGAAUACGACGUCCACCAUUUCGCGGAGUUGAAUGAUGGUAAGCCUUGGGGUGUCACCGAAGAGGAGAUCUUUACGUUACUCAACAGUACAUCUCUUGGCGUGGUCAACGCGCAGUUUCUGACGGCAGCAACUAAACGGGAGUGGUUGUUUGCUGGAGAAGGAGACAAGGUCUGGUUUUCGGGGAGUAACGGCGCCCUCAUGGUCAAGAACGACACGGUUUUUUUUACGGACGCCGCACAAUAUGUUGUCCUUAUCGAGAAACACUGGACAAGGGAGCCUUCAGUUAGCGCAGUCGAGGUAUUAUCAGGGCCACGCUUCACUCAAAGCCUGACUGCGUAUGCGGACUACGAGAUAACUGCACGGGUGAGCCUCCUAGGAAGACCGCGGCUGGCUCUUGACUGCGAAAAGUCACCCGAAUAUCCAGCCAGCUGGGGAGUUGAAUGUAAUACGGGCGUGGACUCACUAGGCACUAUCUCUAGACACGAUGUUUCAUCAGGGACGAUCCAGGACGACGAAUUCCGAACACAAGGGCUCACUGUAGAUUUUGGACGCCACGUGGACCGGGAAAUUACCUAUAGCGAAUACGCUACAGCUGAAAGCAGACCACUUAGCACGGAGUCAAGAGGGUACGAGACGAUAGUACUAAUUGGAGAGAACGCGCACGCAGUGAUAACGGAGACUGCAGGAGUGCAUCUGUUUGUUGAAGACGGCGACAUCACAAUGUGCGUCAGCAUUCUCAACAGCGAAUCUAGCGAAUCGGGGGUCAUGUGCAGGAGACGCCCAUGGGAUACGAGGCGGGAGGCCAUUACAGCCUACCUCACGCUCCAAUUAAUGCUCUCAGACUUCAGGAAGAUUUGGGGCGUCUUUCAGGCCUGGAAAGUAGGUAAGAAGACAACGUCGCCGACCGAAGUGCGUUGGUUGUCAAAUGAGAUGCAAUGUGAGCAGGGUGAACUACUCUCGGAUAAGAAAUUGAUUGCUACUGUCAAUGAACUCUUCCUAAUUGGGUCUGGUGCCGUCCUUUUCGCGGUGCUAGCCGGUUUAAGUGUCUGCUCUUUCUAUGCUAGAAGGGCCUCAAAAUGGCCGCCAGUCUGUCGGGCACUCACGAUCGACAGCAGCCGGCGUGUGAUGGCCAUGUCGAAGUUGUCCAAGUAUAACUGUUCGGGGGUACCGACGAAGCCGCCGAUGACGCUCAUAAUGAGGAGUGGUGAGAACACAUGCCACUUUGAAACUACUUAUGAUGACAGGAUUGAUCCUAUAGGUAUGAGCGAUGCCCACAAGGAGAAGCUAAUCCUGUUAGGAGGCGGGCGAGCUGUCAAUGAUGGAUAA